UGAACCGUUCGUCUUGGUCCCACGCCCAAAGUCUCUUGCGCGCUCUCGCUCCGUCAUUGUGUGGUCGCGGUCGUAGACGACGCUUAUUGUUGGUGUGUAAGAGAGAGAAAGAGAAAAAAACAUAACUACUUAAUACAACGCGAAGUAUAUAGAGCGAAGAUAUUUAAUAACACAUUUUUUUAAGUACGUGUGAAGAAGAACCGCUCGAGCAAAUAUGGCUUCGGGAGUGCUUGUAUCCGACGACGUCGUCCAGAUCUUUAACAACAUGAAGGUGCGCAAGUCGUCGACACCCGAGGAGGUUAAGAAGAGGAAGAAGGCGGUGCUCUUCUGCAUCAGCCCGGACAUGCGGAACAUUAUCGCCGAGGAAGGCAAGGAGAUCCUGGUGGGUGACGUUGGCGAGACUGUGAAGGACCCCUACGACACCUUCGUCAAGCUGCUGCCCAAGGAUGACUGCCGCUACGCGCUCUACGAUGCCACCUACGAGACGCGCGAGACCAAGAAGGAGGACCUGGUUUUCAUCUUUUGGGCUCCUGAUGGGGCUCCGCUCAAGAGCAAAAUGGUCUACGCCAGCUCCAAAGAAGCCAUCAAGAAGAAGUUUACAGGCAUCAAGCACGAGUGGCAAGUGAACGGCUUGGACGACAUUCAAGAUCGGUUAACUCUUGCCGAGAAGCUGGGAGGCUCUACUGUAAUCUCCCUGGAGGGCAAGCCCAUUUAAAACGUGGCCACCACGAGCCUGCCCAAAUGCCGCUGUCUCUCCCCCCCCAUCACCCACCCAUCCACCAACCACCUUGCCUCCUUCCCCCUACCCCUUUCAUUUUGUCGUUUAGACCCCCACAUUGCAGUGAUAGCGGGGGGGGCCGGGAGAGGAAAUUAAAUGAUAAACUCACACACACGAUAACAAAAUCCUGAAAAAGUACUUAAAAUGUAAUUGUGCAAAAAAUGUAUCUUGGUUUCUUGAGUUGGUCACCAUCGCAAUUCUUUUGGGACCCUAUUGUGUUUCAUUUACGUUCCGGUGUUUGAUACGAUGACGAAAAACCUUUUUUUUUACUCGACAUGCCUAAUUGCCUGUCGCUAAAAAUCAUCAUAGCCAAUCGUGUUAAAACAUUCCGUUUAGUCACCAAAUUUAAUCGCCGAGAAUCUGUUUUCUAUGCCAUUUGCAAAAAAUAACAAUUGAAUUAUUUUCCUUUUUUUAAUGUUCAGUUUAUAUAAAUGUGGUGUAACACUUUCACUUACGUCUUAUCAGUUGCACGUAUUCUUAGUGAAGACCCGGUUGUCAACAAACGAUCCCUCAUGCAUCGUCAAACCCUUGAACAUUUUACACAACGAGUUUGUUUUGCAAUUGUCCGGUUUCCUUUGCGGGUCACCCAUGUGGGAGUGAUGAAGAUACAUUUUUGACCAGUCAUCGAUAAAAUCUUCCACUGGGAGUGACUUGGGCAUGACUGACAAUUGGGACUUAUUAAAGGAACCAACUUCACGCACGCUUUUGUAAUACACUUACGCAGGUUAAGAUUGUUUUUGUUUUUUUCAAACGGUCUUGCGCCAAUGGUAGUUCUGUGUACAUUUUAUUGUUUUCACAGCCCUAGAAGCUCAUCGAUCACGUGUUAACCUCUUGGAAGUGUGGUAGAUUGCUAGCGUUGGUGUGUAGGAAUUUAAUGGUGUUGAUCUGGGGAAGCCUGUGCAAGUCCAUCCUAUGGCACAAUCAAUGUGGCCAUCGUGUGUUGACUCCUUUUUCUCAUUCUUACCAAUAAAGAUAAAAGUGGCAAGA